GAGAAAUUGUUAAAAAUUUAAUUAUUAAAUUUGGUAGACAAAAUAAUAAUUUGAAUGUAUGGUGUGUAAAAAGAUUGAGAAGUAAUUUACCAAAUCAAGAAUGUGUGAAAAACGUUUUUCAUCAAAAAUAUGGACAACCUACUUCAAUGUCUCAUCCUCAUCUUUUAAAAGACGGAGAGGUUACUCCUGGUAUACACCGUGAUGAAUACAAACAAAGGAGAUCUAAAUUAAUUGAAAAUAUUCUACAGAACAGUAAUACAAAUGAUCGAUGUAAAUCACAGUUUAUAAUAAUACCAUCGUCUUCUAAAGUAUACAUGUCUGACAAAAUUCCAUACGUUUUUCGUCAGAACACAGACUUUUUAUAUUUCUGUGGUUGCAAAGAACCUAACACGAUAUUAGUUAUUACCACUGUAGGAGAUAAUUUUACAUCUAUUUUAUUUAUGAAUCAGAAGGAUGAACAUUCUGAGUUAUGGGAAGGACCAAGAACUGGAGUAGAAGUGGCUCCUGAUUUGUUCGGUGUUAACAAAGCUCUUCCUGUCACAGAGUUUGAAAGAUUUUUUGGUUGUUUUAUUAAUGAACAUAAAAAUAGCAUUAUUUGGUACGAUGACACUAAUAUACUUCAAACUGAACUACACGUUAAGUUAAAUGAAUUAAUUAAAACAAAUAAUAUUCAACGAUUUAUCUCUCCAAAGAGUUUGUUUCAUAAAGUACGUUCAAUCAAAUCGCAAAGUGAAAUUAAUUUGAUGCAAAAAAGUUGUGACAUAGCAUCUAUGGCAAUAAAAAAAACUAUUCAAGCUUCCAGACCAGGAAUGAGCGAACAUCAUCUAUUUGCAAUAGUCGAUUACGAAUGUCGUAUAAAUGAUGCUGAAUUUUUAGCUUAUCCACCUGUUGUUGCUGGAGGAAGCAAUGCUAAUAUUAUUCAUUAUAUUUCUAAUAAUCAAAUUAUUCAAAAUGAAGAUAUGGUAUUAAUGGAUGCAGGUUGUCAAUAUCACGGUUAUACGUCUGAUAUUACAAGAACGUGGCCUAUCAAUGGUAAAUUCACGCCAGAGCAAAGAAUUUUAUAUGAAAUUGUAUUAGAUAUACAAAAAGAAUUAUUGAAAAAAGUAAACAAAAUGCCAACGUUAGAUCAAUUAUUUCACAACAUGUGUUUGCUCUUAAGUAAAAGAUUACAAGAAAUAGGCUUAAUACCUAAAAGUUUAUCAGGAGAUAAAUUAAUAUCAGCUGCCUUUAGUUAUUGUCCACAUCACGUUAGCCAUUAUUUAGGAAUGGAUGUACAUGAUACUGCCAAAAUAUCUACCAAUGUUCCAAUACAACCUGGAAUGAUUAUAACUAUCGAACCUGGUGUAUAUAUUAAUCAUAAAAAUCCCUUGGCACCAUCAAAUUUCCAUGGGUUAGGCAUACGAAUUGAAGAUGAUGUUUUAAUUACAGAAAAUGGACCUUUAGUAUUAUCAAGAAAUUGUCCAAAAGAAAUUAAUGAAAUAGAAACUCUAGCAAGUGAAAAUCAAUGUUAAUUAAUUAUUAACUUUAUAAUUAAAUCUGUUAAUAAUUACUUCGAUAUAUAAAUGACUUUUAUAAAAAGGAACAUAUUUAUGGAAUGUAGAUACAUUAUUUGUCUCAUUUUUAUUGAUCUUAAUCAAUAAAUG